CAUAUUCUACGUAGAUAUACGCUAUGUGUCUGUGUGUUGUUUGUUUUGAUUUCUUUUUUUUUUAUUUUCUCUCUCUCUUUUCAAAAAAGCUGAUGCCAAGAUAUUACGUACCUGAUCGAUCCAAAAGACUCAACAAGAACUUUACACUUGUCCAAAAAGCACAAAUCAUUGAUUAUAUGGAAAAGACCGAAGGCAUAACCCAAGUGGCUGUCACCAAAUGGGCGCAAAAGCAGUUUGGUCUGGUGGUGCCACCUACGCAGUCAACGAUAAACAAGUUAUGGAAGUUCAGACACAAGUAUGACGUAAAGGCUAUCCUGGAAGGAAGUCUCUGUGGCGGUGUUGACCGUAAGACGCUACGAAAGUCCAAGUACCCUGAGCUUGAAAAGCUCCUGAUCGAUGACAUUAUCGAUUGUCAAAAGCAGAAUGUUCCCUUGAGUGGGAAUAGGAUUAAGCAGAUGGGUGAAAAUAUCUGUCGAUUCGAUCUUAAAUUGGAUCCUGAUUCUCCCAAUUCUCCUUCCUUUUCAAACGGUUGGUUUGAACGGUUCAAGAAAAGACACGGUCUGACGACUGACAUGGUCGGUGGUGAGCCUAGUUAUGUCGUUUCUCAGCGUUUGCAUUCUUUGAAUAUGGCUCAUUCUAUAAACCAAGAUGAUCAGCUAGAGUUAUCAGAAGGUAAGUCAUCCUUUUUACAUCUUUAUGCUACUCAACCAUAAUAGAAAGUAAGCCUAUAGGAGAUGAGCCGAAUGAUACCACUAAAGAAGAUCUUAAAAGAAGAGAAGCCAUGCUUGAUGCUUUACACACAAUUAUGAAAUAUCAGUCUUUCUUUGGAACUGAUCAAGAUGUUAACUUCUAUGAUUCUUGUCAAAUAAUGUAUAAAAGAAUAAGAAAAGAUGAUGAACAACAGCCACAAGGCAAACAGAAGAAAUUGACAGACUACUUUCAAUCAUAAACUUUUUUUUUUCCUUUUGCGCUUUUUUUAUGUCUGAUUAAUAUAUCAAUAUCGCUUGCUUAGUACAAGCUUUUGACACGAAUAUAGAGUGCUCAAUGUUUUUUCCCGAGAUUAAUAUAGUAGAAAUUCCCUUACACCAACAGUUUGAGAUAUUUCAUCAAGGCUCGCUUCACUUUUUGUUCUUUAUUGAAGAGAUAUAAAUGCUGAGUGUGAAAAAAGAAAUCAAUUG